CUCUCUCCGUCUCUCCUCGCCCGCUGGGUGCUGAAGUUGGGCGGAUGGCAGCAAGCCGGCUGCGCUAGAGGACCGAGCAGCCCAGCCUCGCGCCUUUGGACCAUCGGUGCGCCGCCAAAACCCCAGGCAUCUGGCCAGUUGGGUGUAGAAGGAGCUGAAAUGCGAAAAAGACAGCAAUCACAAAAUGAAGGAACACCUGCUGUGUCUCAAGCACCUGGAAACCAGAGGCCCAACAACACUUGCUGCUUCUGCUGGUGCUGCUGCUGCAGCUGCUCCUGCCUCACCGUUAGGAAUGAAGAAAGAGGGGAAAAUGCAGGAAGACCCACACACACCACAAAAAUGGAGAGUAUCCAAGUCCUAGAAGAAUGUCAAAACCCUACUGUAGAUGAAGUCUUAUCGUGGUCUCAAAAUUUUGACAAGAUGAUGAAGGCCCCUGCAGGAAGAAAUCUUUUCCGAGAGUUCCUCCGAACAGAAUACAGUGAAGAGAAUCUACUUUUCUGGCUCGCUUGUGAAGACUUAAAGAAAGAACAGAACAAAAAAGUCAUUGAAGAGAAGGCCAGGAUGAUCUAUGAAGAUUACAUCUCCAUACUAUCACCGAAAGAGGUCAGUCUCGAUUCUCGAGUUAGAGAGGUGAUCAAUAGGAAUCUGUUGGAUCCCAAUCCUCACAUGUAUGAAGACGCCCAACUUCAGAUCUAUACUUUAAUGCACAGAGAUUCUUUUCCAAGGUUCUUGAACUCCCAGAUUUAUAAGUCAUUUGUUGAAAGUACUGCUGGGUCUUCUUCUGAAUCUUAAUUUUCAUUCAAAAAAUCAUUACGGAGGGCUAGGAUGAUUAAUAAAAAUAGUUGAAAUACAUCGAAAAUCAAGUUCCUGAAGAACUACAGGUUGGCGUCCUCAGGCUACUGUGAAAAUACAACAAAUGGUCUUUGUCUCCAGUUUUAUCAAGGUUAUCCAUGAUUAAGUUUGGAGAAAAUACCACAUAAAAUAAUGAAUUGCCAAAUUAAGUUUGUUUUAUUCAGCACUCAUUCUACUUGCAAGCAAACUGUAUUUGUAGUCCUAUGAACAGUCUCUUAGUGUAUCUUUAGAGACUGCAUGUGCAAAGUAAAACUGCUUCGUUUGCUAUGUAGUUAUUGUACUAUUUAAUCCAAUAGCAUAACUUAUAUGUGUAUUUAAGAACUUUUGUGCAAUAUGGUCUUAUAGAAAUAAUUGCCAAAAUUGGCUAUGGUUUGCAUUUUUUAACAUAAUCUGAGACAGAAAAAGGCAAUUUUUAAAAUGUAAACAUAAUACUUAAACAUGCUAUAUAUUGUGUUCAGUACACUAAUUUUGAAGUCAAUAUUUCUGUACAUGAAAAAAGAGCUAUUUAUCGCUGUCUGUUGGAAAAUCCUAAUGGGAGAUUCCUCUGGUUGUUCACUGCCAAAACUGUGGCAUUUUCAUUGCAGAAGAGUUUGCUAUGUUAAAAAAAUAAUUAUAAGAAAAGAAAAAAAGCACAAAACAAUUUGAAGAUAUUCUGUCUCAAUGACAAAAUCAAAGAGUGAUAGUUUUUAUUUGUAAUAGGAAAAAAUGAUCUAUGUACAUAUCAGAUGUCCAAUACUGUAAUUUAUUAAAUACUGGAUCUCCAGUU